CACCAACACCCACACCUGACACCCUUACCUUUCUUCCCGCCCAUCUCUUGCCGCUGUCUUCCGACUCCUCCCUGGCCUCGUUCGUUCACCAUAGUCUUCCCCUCCAACCGUCCCCUUCGACCUCCUGUCGUCUAAACCUUUCCACAAACGCGACGACGACCGACGACCAAAAGGGAAAGCGACAAAAAGCGCAGACCGCCCUACCUUUCAAACCCGCUUCUUCGGACGACAUAGCGGCAUAGCGGCAUAUCGGCCCCUAGCUCCUCCCCGAACCCCCUCUUCCUCUGGUCCUGACACCUGCCUGGGAGACUGAUUGCUAGGAAUUUCGACCAUCUCUCCCAGCUCGUCUCGAAACGACUCUUCUUGUCUCCGCGGCCGAAAUCGCAGCUUAAUUCGCAUUGCACAUCGUACUUAACCUAUACAGACCAGCGACACUUGAUCAAGGCUGUGUCACCAACGCUCUGUGUCCUCGUCGUGGACAGUCACAAUCCCCCUUCUCUCAGUGCUACGCCUCGUGCGUAAGGUCUAGCGACUGUCUCACACCUGACUGCGAUUCCCAUCAUGAAAGGCCGUCCCAUCGACCAGCUCGUUUACGAGCAUAUGUUCCCCAAGCCUCGCGCCAGCGAUCCCCAGAACUUCCACGCCCUUCUGCAGCGCAGCCUGAUCCUUGAGGUUCGACAAGAGGUUCACUCCUUCUACGGCCACCUCGACACACAGGAAGCAAAAUACCCCGGGUUGGAUUACUGCAACCCCAUCCACCGCAUUCGCCUGAGCCGUUGGACUUGGCACCGUCGUCUGUUCCGAGCGUUUGACAACCUUCGCCUUACUCCCAACGAGAUCGCCGGCUUGACCAAAUGGGAGGGCACAAGAUGGGCCAAGGAGCGCUACGAAAAGGAGCAGGGCAUCGUCAUUCGGGACACUGCUGGCGAUGGUUUCCCCGAUUGGGUCGAACCCGAAGACCGUCCCACGCCCCCGGUUCGGACCGCCAGAUCACGCUCUGUCGAGACGGACGACGCAACAGACCCUGCCGACGAGGACAUGGACGGCGAAGAGAGCGAAGAGGAACUCGAGAGUGUCGGGGUGGCUCUGAACCAGCGUCUCAGAGAAAGAGCCGCCCGACGAGAGGCGGGAGACAUGUCGACAGUGCUGGACGAGGAAUGGGAGCAAUGGCUGAAGAAUGUCAUUGAGAGCGGCGAACUGCCGUACAUUUCCAACGGAAUCGCAACAUCAACAACCGACACCCCGGAUGCUGUUGUGCCGCAGGCACUCUUCCCUCCUCGUAUGCUGAUUGCUGCUCAAGCCGGCCAGUGGCAGGACAUUCCAGAUUUUCUCCACGACAUCAUUCGCCGCACUCUUGAGACUGGAUCGAGCAUGGGGGAGUUAGUUGUGCCACCUGCUCGUCUGCCCACUCUUGCCAGCUCCAAUGCAGCACGAGAGCGAAGAGGCACUGACGAGCACCACAUUGGCGGCAUCACAAAUUGGCGGCGCACGUAUUCGGACCUGCGUCUCCCAGUCGGCGACAGUGCGACAAACCCGACGUUGCAGCGGACAGCACAGGCACCCGGCGCCUAGGAGGUUCGGCCGCCUGACACGCUCUCCGUUGUUGAUCGGCUUCUUUCGACCUCCCUGGAGCUAGAGGCUUUUGCGCUUAGAGGCAUACUAACUCCCAAUAACAUAACCUUCGCCUACCCCCCGGGUCUCCUUCCCGAUGACCCCUGGGACAUCUCAUUAUCGGCUUCCUAGAGUACAGACGAUCGGGAACACGUCUUGGCCCAAGUCUGUCCCGCUUUGUCGCUCGCUAGGUUGUCGGCUACGAAAUCUUCUGGUCUGGUUCGAUUUCUAAAAUAAAAAAACUUAGACUCUCUUCUCCCUUUUCCUACUUACUGUUUGAUUUUGCUGGGCACGAGAAGGGAGGUUCGCUCCAAAAACAUCAACAGCGCGGCAGACUCCUCGCAUAACUCGGUUAUUCCCCUACACACGGCGUCAAACGGAUUCCUUUUUCGGGAUUUUCAUUUCUCUUUCCUUUUUGGCAGUUUU